AUAAACUUAUAAAUCUCUGCUCUGCUAUUAGUUCUUAUUAAAUCUUCAGUAUGUUCGGACGUGUAAUUUUUCUCGCUGUUAUCCUUCAGGUGACCACAGGCAGUCCAACAGUUUCCUUAGUCUUAGACACAGCGGCUAAUGUAACUGCAGUACUAGGAGAAGGUGUAGCUCUUGGAUUUGAUGGUGCAGGAAAUCUUACAAAACAUUUUGUUAACAAAACUGAGAAACUUCAGCUGUACGUGAAAAACAAGACCGCCAGCACCACGGACAACAUCUUAGAGCUACUCGACUUGAAGAUGGAGUUUAUCAUGUGCAAUAUGUUCCAAGUGUGUACUAAGAAUACCUCUGACGAGACUGAUGCCCCUGGAGGUCGGUCUGGUCUGAACCAAGUUAACCGCCUCACUGAACUCAACAACCUCAUCCUUGCCGAGGCAACUGACGAGGUUGUAGAGGAUGAACGUCUGUUCUUCCCCGUAGAGAAUCAAAAAGAUUACAUCAAAAACAAAAUCAAGAAGCUGCUGUGCAAAUAUACAGAUGAUAAAUGGUGUGAAAAAGCUCCUGAAGAAGCUCCCGAAGAAGCUACUGAAGAAGCUCCUGAAGCAAGAUUAUUUUUCAAUACAAAACCCGCCGAAAAUGCCACCGAAGCUGCUGUGGAUGAUACCAGUGAAGCAUCUACUGACGAGACGACUAAACCAACUGCAACUCUCACCAAAUCCCUGUUCAUUCAGAAACUGUUCUCCCAUCUCUCGAUCAAGAUGGGAUUUGUUCUCUGCAACUUGCGAGUAUGGUGUCCCGAUGAGGAGUUGGCGUUUUAGAGCAAUCCUUGAGACACCAUCAUGGUCUUGGGACCUAAACCGUUCUUUAAUUCAUUCCUCUGUACUUAAAGAAAUUUACACUGAAUUCGAAUAAACGAUAAAAAUUGUUAAA